UUGAGUUCCGUGCAGCGGUAGUGGCAGAAGGCUGAAGUUGCACUGAAAUUACAGCAGCUCAUUUCCAGAGUGCUCAUCAGAGAAAGUCAAGACAGGAGGCAUCAGGUGACAAUCAAAAACUUGGUCAUGGGAAAAUCAGCUUCCAAACAGUUUGCUGAAGAGGUCUUGAAAGCACACAAUGACUACCGGAAGAAACAUGGAGUCCCCCCAUUAAAACUCUGCAAGAAGUUAAACAGAGGAGCGCAACAGUAUGCAGAAGAACUGGCUACCACGAGGGUCCUCAAACACAGCUCUGACUCUGCUAAUGGAAAAUGUGGAGAAAAUCUAGCAUGGGCAUCCUAUGAUCAACCAGGAAAAGACGUAGCUGACAGAUGGUACAGUGAAAUAAAAAAUUACAGUUUUCAAAAUCCAGGAUUUUCUUCUGGGACAGGACACUUCACAGCAAUGGUUUGGAAGAACACAAAAAAGAUGGGAGUCGGAAAAGCAUCUGCUAGUGAUGGCUCCACAUUUGUGGUGGCUAGAUAUGAUCCAGCUGGAAAUGUAGUAAACCCAGGUUACUAUGAAGAAAACGUUCUUCCCCCAAGAAAAUAACUUUUCUUUUUUAAAGGUUGUUUCAUUGCUUAAUGACAAAUGAAUCUGAAUUAGGACUUGACAGUGUCUGAAGUACAGUACAAUUCAAUGAAAUUUCCUAUUUAAUACUGUUGUUCCUUCUUGCCACAAGGGUAGCAGUUACCUGAGUCAGUCUGUAGUCUGUAGGUCCCCAUUGUUUCUGAGGGGGCUUCACUUUAUAUGAAAAUGAAAUAUAUGCAGAAUUUGUGAAGGGUAAGAGGUUUUAAAUUUUUUUAAUUGUUUGCAUGAACUCUGGAUAAGCAUGUGAGUCAACACACGUUGGAUGUCUUUUAUAAAAAAAAGAAGUUUUAUAGCUUUGCAUAAACUGAAGAUUUCAGCUUGUAAUUAUAUACUCUAGAUUUUUGAAUAUUUGUUAAUAACUGUAACUUAGCGCUGUCUAUACCUCUUGUUACUAUGGGGUCUAUUCUCUACAGAUGGAACAUAUGCAAAUCCAUCCUUGCAAAAGGUACAUGUAUGUAAUGCAAUGGAAUUCAGACAUAUAUGUUUUUAUUAGAAGGAUCUCACUGAACACUAUUUAAAAUAUUGCUGGCAAAAUUGUAUCUAUCAAGCAAGCAUAUGCUUAACCUGAAAGCUAUCAACAAUGUUUUAUUCCUAGCAUUAUAUUUUAAAUAUUAGCACCUAAAAUGUACUUGAAAUGAAGUAUAUUUCAAGUCCUAACCCCAUCUUACAGUUUACAGUACCUACAUUUUCUUAUAAUCAAAUUGUUUACUUCCAUUAAGGAAAACAAUAUAUUCCCUUUCCCUUUAGAUAUUUACACUUGCUUUUUCUAAUUUACUGAAUGUUCUUAAUACCUUGCACAUAAACCAUCUAACAAAAUCAGAGAGAUACCAGUCAGCUCACAACUAGAGAGUUUAAGUUUUCUGUGUAUUUGUCAGACAACAGUGAAACAAUUCAGUUGCCCAUGUAUAGGUACAUAGUACCAGACGCCCGUAAGACAUCAGCACAUCUGUGUAGAGGUGACAGAUAUUACACAGGAGCUAAAAGAAACACAUGCCUUUCCGGUGCAGCAGCUCUGGUCAAGACAUAAGGCACAGGAAUAUCUCCUUAUGUGCCCUGAUUUUAUGAAGGAAUAUACAUGGAGAUAUGUUUUCCAGAAGAGAAAAAAUAAUCUUUCCUAACUUACUAGUAUUACCCCACAGAAAAAAGUUUCUUUGGUGGAACAUCUUGUGUUUUGUUUCCCAUUAACCUGUUUCCUAGAGAAUACCUUCAGCAGGUGUCAUACUGUACAGACAAUAAUAUUACCAAAUGAUCUUUUUUCACCUUUAGUAAUGUCUCAGUGGGAGGUAUUCACAUGGUUAUAAUUAAGAGAAAUUUACUCUGUGUUGAUAUCUUAAAAUAGUACUAAAAAUAUUUCCUGUUUUGGACAGAUACCUCAAAACAAUUCAGAUUAAUUUCCUUAAAAGCAAGCAAGCAACAUUUCUGAAGACAAAUUUUUCUCAUACAAAAUGUGAACUAGGCUAUUUUGGCCAGGUUCAUAUACUGUGCAUCAAGCGGGGGAUUUUUUUUUCCCCUCUGUGUUUGUUUGUUUUGACUUCUGAGAUUCUGUUUACCAAGAUUUGGUUCACAAGGGUGCCACUGCGGAUAUAUUUAUUUUUUUGUUUAUACAGUUGUAGUAAACUGCAUUGUUAUGGCUUAAUAUGUCACUCCAGUGCUGUAUGUUACAAUCCUUUUGCUCUAACCAAGAAUUUAACACACACAGUGAACAUCAAGAGAUUAAAUAUUUUUGAAUAUGAA